UUGUUUUUGUAGUGGUGUAGUUAGAAAAUGGCCGCUUUAAAGUAGUUCUCUGAUUAUUUUUGUAUCUUGAAAGAUUAUUUUUGUAGCAGUAUACUACACGAAUUGCAAUAAAAAAUAAUAAAAUAUUAUUAAUGAAAUAUAUUUGUACAAAAUAACGGCAGCAACAUAAAUCAACUGAAAUAAGUUUAUGCAAUUUUCGGUAAAUAAAAAUGAAGCCUGAAGCUCAAAAAACUGAUAGACUUGAAAGGCUUCUUAUUAGUUUAGUAAAGCCAGAAGAGUAUCUUUACAAUAGGUUCCAUCCAUACUAUAGAAAUGGUUUACAAAAACAAAAAAUGUGGCUCACAAUCGCUGAACAAUUGAGUUCAACAUCGAAAGAUUGUAAGGCCAAAUGGAAGGCAUUAAGAGAUCAAUAUGCAAGAGAACUAAAGCGUCUAACACGAUCAAAUAAAGAGGACAACGUAAGGUGGAAACAUUUCAAUGAAUUAGAUUUUUUAAAAUCAUUCAUCACAACAAGAGUUGAAUUAAAUGAAACGGCGGCGUCUAUUAAAAAGGAAAAAACUUCUACAGUUGGUAUAGCUAUUUCUCAAAAUUCAGAUCUUGGUGAAGAAAAUCAAGAAACUUGGGAAUUCCUAGACCCAAAUGGUGCAGAUUUUGGCGAGCAAGGAUUUGACAAUAGUGCGUUGACAACUACAACUUCACCAGUAGCAACGGUUGACCAUAACCAGCAACAACAACAAUUACAUCAACAACCGAGCAUUCAUCAGACGGUAGCAGUAGCUCAGCAACAUCCCCAUCAGCCUCAAGAUGAGGAAGAAGAUGUUGGUGACGUUGGCGAUGUAUCCAUACAUACAUUUUUAAAAAUUGAGGGAUAUUUCGAAAAGGAACUUAUUAAUUUAGUCAAAUAUGAAGAAUGUCUCUAUAACAGAUCACAUCCACAUUAUCGGAGUUUUGAUAUAAAAACUCAAACAUGGGAAGAAAUUGCAAGAAAAUUGAAAACUUCUGUUAAACAAUGUCGAUUAAAAUGGAAAGCUUUGAGAGAUCAAUAUACAAGAGAACAUAAACGGCUAAAAAGGAAAAGUUUGAAACAACCAAUCAAUUUAGACGAAACACCUCGUUGGAGGCAUUUUGAUGCAUUAUCUUAUCUUGAAGAAUUUAUAAGAGAACGAAAAGAAAAAGAUGAUUCUGCUGUUAAAAUAGAACCACAUAUGGUACCAACGUCGCUUGAAUUAAUCAAUACUGGAAUUCAACAACCCCAACAACAUCAUCAAACACAACAACAACACGAGCAUUCAAUUCAAAAUCAACCAACGCAUCAUAUUAUUAAAGAUGAUAAUUCAAUAUACUCAGAGUAUAUGAUCGAUCAAGAUGGUAAUGUAACUAUGGAGGAAGACAAUAUUGUUACUUUUGAAGAUGGAAAAUCACACAUUUCCACUUUGACUCCGUUAACGAGUGCAACUAAUACUUCUCCAAAGCAGCAAAAUACUCAUCAAAUAGAACAGCAUACAACGCAAACAAUACAUCCUACAAAUAUUCAGCACAUUGAAACUGCUACUAUUACAACUAUUGCUAAUACAACUAAUACCCCAAAUAAUAACAGUUUAACUGUAGCAAAUACGACAAAUUGUCCAACGACAUCACGUUUAACCGCCGAAGAUGAUGAAAUUGAUGCAUUUUUUAGAGCCAUAUCCAUGAAAGUUAGACGUGCCAAAUUAUCACCAAUUGCUUUUACGGACUUACAAAUUGAAAUUUUAAGAGUUAUUAACGAAAAAUUUCGUAAUUUUAACGAAACUUUUUUGAAUUCUUAAUGAACAAUUAUGCAAUUCUGAACAAAUUUUACUUACAUUUCAUUGUAUUUGCACUGCAAAUUUUAUAUAUUUAUAUAAAAGUAACACAUACAUAUGUAUAUUGGAAUUUUUAUAAUACAUUUAUCUAUUAUAAAAGCCAAUUUCUGCAUUAUUAAAUUAAUUUAUUAACAAAAAUUAAAUUAAAUUAGAUUUGUCAAAAGAAAACCGUAUAAGCAUUUAUUUCUUUAUAAAAAAUUUUACAUUUUUAAUGAAAUAUGUAUAACACAGGGUAAGUGCAAUUUCGUAGCGAAGGAUUUUUUGUUACCUUAAUGCACUUUAAUUAAUUUGCAUAAUCCGCUUUUAAAAAUAUUGUAAUUACUAUUCUUAAAAAUAUAAUUACAUCAAUUUUUAUUUAUUUUUUUUUUCAUAAGAGUAAUGUCGUGAAUUCUACAUUUACCAGAAUAAAUAUAAUAAAAAUAAUAUUUGCUUACUCAUAAAAGGAGUAAACAAAUAUGAAUUGAACAAAGUUUAAAUUUUAAUGAGAAUCCUAAAUUAUUUUAACCAAUGUUGAUGUAAAGUUUAAUAGUUUUUAAUUUUAAGAUAUAUUUAUAUUUGUUAUAUAUUAUAUAUAUAUAACCGUAUGUGUAUAUAUAAUUAUUCUUUAGUAAACUUAGCC